AUGGUUUUUGUCGGAACAAGAGUGACAAGAGUGACCGUGCCCGCUGCGCGCGGGCCCGCCAAAGGAAGCCUGGAGGAACGGGCCGGCGCAGCUGUGCUCCAGGGCUGGAUGGUGGUUCGGUCGCUUCGCGUUCUGCGGUUUCUGGGGCAACCGGCGAGGAAGAUGGAUUCUGAGGCGAGGAAGUGGGAUUUUGAGCACGGCCUAGUGAAGAGAACGGGUUUCUGCUUGCGACUGCUCCGGGGCCAGCCGAUCGUGGUGUCGUUGGACCCCCAGGAGUCGACCACUGCACGCGAUCCACGAUCCCUUGGGAAAGGGGUUUGCGGCGGUCCGCAUCCACCCGGCCAGAGACUUCCAGGGUUGCUGGUCGACGGGGAAGAGAACGAGGACGUAGCAUAUGUGUAUGCCUUUGCGAGGAGGGCGGUCGUUCUCUGGCUGCAAAAACGCAGUCCUGCACCUCGCCCUCUUCGUUCCAUGGGAAGGUUUCAGGCUGAGCCAGCGGACGAUAUACCAGGACUUUGGCGAUCGCUCGAGGGGCAGCUGGGCGCCCGAAUCCGCUCACACUUCCAGAACAUCGCUCUGCUACGCGUCUCGGCGGACGAUGCCCGUGCUGAUCGAAAGCUGCAAGGCCUUGAAGAGGACUCCGAGGACGCCGUGGACGGACUGGACUUUGGCGACCAAGUGGGCGACGAUGACGGCGUCGGUGAGGACGUGGAGAGUAUUAAUCCGCAAGCCCACCACGAAGCCUUCCUGGAUGUCCUAUCCGCGGUCCGACGUAGCGAAAUCAAGGAUAUGGCGGCGCCCUCGGCCCUGAGGCGCUUGGACGAAGAGGCGAGGGCAGUUGACCCAAGCCAGGACGACAGCAAUGCUGCCCAGCGUGGUCGCCAUUUUUAUACCAUGUUACAGGACCUCCAAGACUCGCCUUUCCGCGGCAUGGGACUGCCCAGCCGCGAGGAGAUCGACGCGGUAUUGAAGGUCCAGAAGAAAGAGGACAGCAGCGUCACGGCGAAGAUCCAGGGCAGGCAAAUGAAUCCGUCUUCUGCGCAUGCCGGCGAGCCACACGGGAGCCCACGGUUGCCCGUUCACGGACGCGAAAGAUCUCCAGAAGGGGUCGGCCCGGGCGGACAGAUGCGGCUCGAGCUCGGACGUUAUGCAACAUACGUCGAUGUGGCCCUGGGGUUCACAAGGCACUGGACUUUGAAUAAGCUCCAGUCGAUGGCAGUCUUGCUACCGGCGGCGUUUCUUGACGAGCGCGGCACACGGCUGCAGGAAGAAGGGGGUCGGCAGCAUUUCCAAUACAUCGGCGGCGAGGGCGGCACCGGCAAGUCUCGCGUCAUACACGCCAUCAAGGACAUGUUCCGGCUGAAGGACGGUCUCCACACGCUGCUCCUGACGGGCGCCAGCGGUAACGCGGCCGCGCUUAUCGGCGGAGUGACGCUGCACUCGGCGGUAAAUAUUGCGUUUGAGGGCAGGGCAGCGACAGCAAGGAACAUCUCGGAAGAAGAGAAGCUGCGGUGGAAAAACAUGAUCAUGCUGGUUAUCGACGAGAUCAGCCAGGUGGGCGGUCUCACGCUCGCGGCGGUGGACAGCCGCCUAAAGCAGUACAGAGACGACCACCAUCGACCGUUCGGCGGGAUCCCAAUAGUCAUGUUCUUUGGUGAUUUCUUCCAGUUCGACCCCGUCCUGCAGACCAGCCUCCUCUUGCCAACGCCUAGGGACCCCGGUGGACAGAGACCGGACAGCUCGGCAAAGCACCUAGCAGCGCAUAAGCUGUUCCUCCAGUUCACGAACGUCGUUAUCCUCCGUGAACAGGUCCGCGCGGCCGGCUGUCCAAGGCUGCGGGGUUUCCUUCGGCGCCUGCGCAAUGGCGAGCAGACCGAGCUAGACUUCCAGCGGCUAUGCCAGCGCGUCUAUACACCGUCGUGCGAAUCCUCCUUCGUAGAUGGCUUGAGAGCCAUCACGCCUCUGAACCAAGACCGGUGGGACAUGAACAUGGCGGCCGUCGUCCAGUGGGCUCGUGACCACGGCAAGCACAUCUCCAUCUUUGUGGCCAAGCACGAUACCGAUUCGGGGAAGCGACUAAGUGUGGAAGAGCUGUGCCGCGUGCUUCACUACGGAGACGACUCCCAGCUGCCGACCCCGGGCUUGUUCUUCUACGCUCAAGGGAUGCCGGUGGUGGUAACUCGCAACCAGUUUGUCGGGCUAAAGGUGGUUAACGGGGCGCCUUUCAAGGCCGUCGACAUCUUUCCCGACCUCGCCGCCGGCACCAUCGCGCUCGCCAGCGAUGUGACUCUUCAUCUUGGACCGCCGGUGGCCGUCCUCCUUCAGUCAGACGACAGCGCGGGCCUCGCCAUCCCCGGGCUCCCCAAUGGCACCAUUUUAAUCAAGAGCAAGACGGUCGCCAUCCCGAGCCAAAUGCGGGGCAAAGAAGGCAGAUGGAGGGGCAAGCCGGGUUUCAGGUGGGUUACCCACAGAACCGGGCCUCUCUGCACCCCAGCCUUCGCCAUGACAGAUCAGAAGAGCCAAGGCAAACAGUUCUCGGAUGUGCUCGUCAACCUCAAAGGCGUCCACUCGAGUGGCACGGCGACGCGGCCCAGCUUCAUGAGCCUGUACGUGCAGCUGUCAAGGGCGCAGAGCUGGGACGGGCUGCAUCUAUUUCGGAAACCGGCGCGUGGCGACUUUAUCGAGCCCAAGAAUGUGCUCGACAAAGACAUGAGGGACGCCAUCCUCAAGCUGGAACGACGGGGCGAGGAGACCAGGCGGCGGUUCGAGCAACACCACAGGUCUGAGCCGUGGUUUCAAGAAUGGGAGGCCAUGCCUGAAUCUGGCCAGGGCACUGAAACCGCCGACGAAGAGGACGCGCCCCUCUGGACCGAGGCGGAAAUCUAA